ACUUCAAAGAAUCGUUUUCGAAAAAAUAUCAUAUUUGAACAUUACAAAUAAAACUUGUAAAAGUUAUAGCUGAUUAUUGAUAAUUGAAUGAACUUAGAGUUCUGUCAACGUGUUAACUUUAUUUUAUUAUAUAAUAAUUAAAGAUGUCUUAUACCGGCACGCUUAACCAAUAUAUUCAAUUGGUAGAAAGAGUAUACAGAACAGGACAAGGGGAUAUCCUAGCGAGAUUGCUUUCCCUUAAAGAUGAACACGUCGGGAACAGAAACUUGCGUUCCAGUAACAUAGCUUCACUUGUGGAUGGAAAUUGUGUAGCACCUUUAGACGAGAUUAUUAUUUACCAUCUAUUAUGUGUAAAGGCAUUACAUGACAAAGAUUAUAUGGAGGCAUAUGAUAGCCAAAGUGCUUGUGUUGCCUCAGUUGUGAAGAUGUUGCAAGGACAGAAAGAUGAGAACUGGAGUCUGCCACUUAUGUACACUGUAUGUUUAGAUCUACGAUUAGUUGCUCAAAAAGCUGAAGAGUGUAACCAUCAAAACAAUGGAAAGAUAUUAGAAAAGGCGGCUGAGAGUCUUCUCGCUUGCUUCAGAGUGUGUGCUGCUGAUAAUCGUUCAUCUGAUAGUGAUACAAAGCGUCUGGGAAUGUUGACACUCGUUAAUCAACUUCUAAAAGUCUACUUCAGAAUAAAUAAACUGCAUUUAUGUAAGCCUCUUAUAAGAGCUAUUGAUUCGUCACCAUUCAAAGAUCAAUUUCCAUUAGCGCAACAAAUAACUUACAGGUAUUUUGUAGGACGGAAAGCUAUGUUUGAUUCUGAUUACGGUUCUGCAGAUGAAUAUUUGUCAUACGCAUUUCAGAAAUGCCAUAAAGACAGUAGAAAGAAUAAAAGACUGAUCCUAACUUAUUUGAUUCCGGUUAAAAUGCUCCUAGGUUAUAUGCCAUCGAAAACUUUACUAGAAAAGUAUGAUUUAAUACAAUUUUGGGAUUUAGUAUUGAUGGUGAAAGAUGGUAAUCUUCGAGGUAUAGAUCAGGUUAUGGAAAUGCAUGAAAAUUUCUUUAUCAGAGCCGGUAUUUAUCUGAUUGUUGAGAAGUUAAAAAUAACAGCUUACAGGAAUUUGUUCCGUAAAGUAUAUUUAUUAGAGAAUACACAUCAAAUUGAUAUUGCCAGUUUUCAAGCUGCGUUACAAUUAGUUGGGCAAGAUGAUGUCGAUUUAGAUGAAACUCAAUGUAUCGUUGCUAAUCUUAUUUAUGAUGGGAAAAUAAAAGGGUAUAUUUCGUAUCAGCAUAAAAAGGUGGUUGUUAGUAAACAGAAUGCGUUCCCACCUUUGACUAGUUUGUACCAAUAAUGCCAAAAACAAUAUUAUUCUCUUAUACCUACAUAUCAGUAAGAUAUAAUAGUUCUUUCUGUAAUGUUACAUAACUAUCACAUUUAAGUAAAUAGAUAAAAUAGUAAGCUUACUUAAAGUUGCAUUUUUAACUUCUCAUCCAUUUUUUUAAACAGAAUUUAUUUUUAAUAUAAUACUUCGUAAGUAUUUUUUUUUUUUUUCAAGAAAAAUAUGCUGUUUUAAGAAACUAGGGUAACAUUAGUGCCAAAAAGAACUAAGUUUUUUUUUUAAAUAAAACAUGGAUGUUCUAAACAUUUUUUUUAUUAAAUCCACAAUAUAUUUCAAAGAAUAAUACAAAUAUUAUAAAUUUCGCUGGCCACUAACAUAGCGUUACGAUAAACAAUGCAUUAUUUACGAAGUCUUAACAUAGUGUGGUGUUUUUAUAAGGAAAAUGUCUUCUAUGUUUCUAUAUAUUUUGUUUCUUAAUAUUUUACUAAACAUUUUUUGAUCUAAAUCUUGAGAAGAAAAUUGUGCAAUUAACUAUUUUAAUAUAAAUUUGGUAAAGAAACUUGCGUUUUUGUUUAUCGAAAUUAGUCUAGGAUUUUUCAUUGGUAAUGUUGAAUGUUUGCUGAAAUGUUUAAAAUAUUUCUUUGAUUUGAUAUGUCGUUGAUAUGCAAUCUAUGCAAUUGUUUUUAUGAUACGAAUUGUUCACUGACAGGUGAAUUUCUUUUUGGUUAAUUUUUAUUUUUUCUGGAAGACAAUUAAUUAAAAUAGUUAAUUGCAUAGAGUCGAAGAUUGGUAGAAAAAUAUGAAGUAUUUCUCUAAAUAUAAUUUUGCUUUAUAUUAAAAUAUUUACUAUGAUAUAACCGUAUAGCACUUAUGAGUAAAUGUUGCCACUACGUUGCUUUAAUAUUGAGAAGUAAAAUUGGAUUCUUAUUAGAAUUUGAAAUUAUGAAGUGUAGUUAUUUAAAUGUAACAGGAUUCUCCUUUAAAUCUAUAAAAAACCCUAGUUUUUGUUUAAAAAACUUUUGAUAAUACUCCUUCAAAAAUUACCGUUGUUAUUUUUAAAGAAUAUGAUUUUUUACUUAUAUUAAAAGCAUUUUGGGAGUAACAUAGAAGCAAAUAUAACCUAUAAUGUAUGACUGAUGGAUUCACAAUUUUAUAAAUUGUGUAGUUUUAUCUAAACAUAUGGAUUGUGUAGAAUUGUAGAUUAAUAAAUUGUUUUUUUUUUAUAACUAUAUACAAAAGUCCUUAAAUUCUAAUCAAUUCAGGUACCUAAGACUACCUUUUUGGCAUUGCACUACAAAUGUAAGGGGAAAAGUUCAAAAGGUAAUUUGAUAUUGAGACAUGUUUUUUGAUAUUUAAGUCUAUAUUACAAUGUAUAUUUCAAGCUUCUAGUAAAUUUCAGAAACAA